CGAUAGUAGCCUUCCCCGUCCGCGAUCCCCAUUCAGUUGCCGGGUUUCGGUCUCUCUCUCUCGAGUCUUGACUGCAAUUACUCAACGGAGUUAGAGGUUGCCCAAGAUGAUUCAACUAAAGACGAUGCUCAACUGCAUCGACAACUCGGGUGCUGCCCUUGUGGAAUGCGCCAUGGUUGUCGGCCAGAAGAGGCAUGCUUCUAUUGGCGACCGCAUAGUAGUAGUAGUCCAAAAACAGCGCGGCGCCGACAGCGCCGGCAUGGCCGCCUCCUCCGCCGCCACCAAAGUCAAGCGCGGCGACAUCCGACACGCGGUCGUGGUGCGGACCAAGCAAAAAGUUUCGCGGCGCGACGGGUCCGUGGUCCGCUUCGACGACAACGCCUGCGUGCUGAUCAACAAGGCGGGGGACCCGAUCGGGUCGCGCAUCAACGGGGUUGUCGGGCAGGAGUUGAGGAAGAAGAAGUGGAGCAAGAUUUUGAGUAUGGCGCCUAUGCAGGCUUAGAUUCCCGGGCACAAUGGGCAUGGGGGUGGGGGUAGGAUGUACGAUGGGAUGAGCAAAAUAGAGAUAUACCCAUGAGCAAGCAGACCUGAGGCAUUCCGUGGUUUUAAUCCUUUAUUGCGGAGGUUGUGUGUGGUUGCUCGGUGCUUGGCGGUGGUGACGACUGACGAGGAGAGCUACGGCAUA